GUUGGGGGUCACACCAUGCUGCCCAUUCGUUGGAUGCCUCCAGAGAGUAUCAUGUACAGGAAGUUCACCACAGAAAGCGAUGUCUGGAGCCUGGGCGUUGUAUUAUGGGAAAUCUUUACCUAUGGCAAACAGCCAUGGUAUCAGCUCUCAAACAAUGAGGUGAUUGAGUGCAUCACUCAGGGCCGAGUCCUGCAGCGACCUCGCACAUGCCCCAAGGAAGUGUAUGACUUGAUGCUGGGCUGUUGGCAACGGGAGCCUCACAUGAGGCUCAACAUCAAAGAAAUCCAUUCCCUCCUCCAGAACUUGGCCAAGGCAUCUCCAGUCUACUUGGAUAUUUUAGGCUAAAGUCUCCUAGCAUUUCUUCUCAUGGGCUACGGGAAUGAAUGUGUUCAACUGCCGCUGGACUCCAUUAAGAUGUGUUCUUAACUUUGACAGUAUUAAUGAUGAAGUCGCGGAGAAGCUUUCAAAGGGCAAGCAAUGUGCACUUCUCCAUCUGUAGACACAGUAUUGACUUUUUAGACAUUACUGGGAUGUAUCUCCUCUCUCUCUCUCUGUCUUUUAGUUUCUAUCAUUUUUUUCUUCUCUCCUGUAUUUCUAAUCAAUUUGGCUUCUGCAUCAUUGUUACUCUGCAUAGACAAAGGCCUUAAAAACCUGAUCUGUUAUAUCAGCAGACUCUUCAGUUUGCCCACCACAACUAACAAUGCCUUGUUGUAUUCAUGCCUUUGAUGUGGAUGAAAAAAA